CCUCAAUAACGAGGUGAGCACCGGGGUCUAGAAACCUGUGGGACUGACCUUUAGGGCCCUCAGAACAGCUUUGCUGCGUCAUUUUGAGGGGCCUGGGCGAGGCGGGAGUCAGGUUGUGAAGAUGAGAAAAGAAGUGAAGAGAAUCCGAGUUUUGGUUAUCCGAAAACUUGUCAGGAGUGUUGGCAGACUGAAGUCAAAAAAGGGUACCGAAGAUGCACUGUUGAAAAACCAAAGACGGGCACAACGAUUGCUCGAAGAAAUUCAUGCCAUGAAGGAGUUGAAACCUGAUAUAGUAACUAAAUCUGCUCUUGGUGAUGAUAUCAACUUUGAAAAAAUCUGCAAAAAGCCUGAUUCUACUGCAACUGAAAGAGCAGUUGCCAGACUAGCAGUGCACCCUCUUCUGAAGAAAAAAAUAGAUGUGCUAAAAGCUGCUGUCAAAGCCUUUAAAGAUGCAAGACAAAAUGUUGUUGAAGUUAAGUCAUCAAAGAAUGCUUCAGAAGAAAAUCAUUCCAAGGACACUAUGUGUUCAAAUGAUGAUGCCAGUAAGUUACAGCAUGAAGGAACUAUUAUCAGUGAGCAAGAAGAGAAAGAAGCCAAAAUAUUGGCAAAGAAACCAAUAAAUAAUUCAAAAGAAAAAAUAGCCAAGAUGGAGCAUGGACCCAAAACAGUGGACAUUCCAAAUUCUCUAUCAAAGCCUUCUGAAAAAGAUUCUGCAGUACCCUCUGAACCCCAGAAGACACCUACUGACCCCAAAAUGAAAACAUUUAGUCAAACCAAAAAAGAGAAAGAGUCCAGUAGCUCACUUGGUGUUAACAGUGAUGGAGAAGAAUUACAUGAAGAAGAGAAGGAAUAUUUUGAUGAUAGCACAGAAGAAAGGUUUUACCAACAGUCUUCCAUGUCUGAGGAUAGUGAUAGUGGUGAUGACUUCUUCAUUGGGAAAGUCAAACGGACACGGAAGAAGGAAAGUAGUUGUCAUUUUUCAGUUAAGGAACAAAACCCCCCCAAAAAAUUGUUGCCUGAAGAAGAUAUACUUGAAACCCAUCAGGAUAUGAGAAGUGAUAAAAACAAGCCACGUACAGAAGCAAGGAAGUUUGAAUCAGUGUUUUUCCAUUCUUUAUCUGGAUCUAAAAGCUCUGGAAGAAAUUACAGAGAACAGGCUCCAAGAAGCAAAACCCCAGAUUUUCAGCAAAUUGAACCUCAGAUCAAUAAUCAGUUUAAUAAGAGUGCACGAAGAGGACCUGAAAAUACAAAACAGAAAUCACAGCUGCCUCUUCAUCCUUCAUGGGAAGCAAGCCGGAGGCGAAAAGAACAGCAAUCCAAAAUUGCUGUGUUUCAGGGGAAAAAAAUUACCUUUGAGGAUUGAUUAGUACUAUUUUUUUGUGAACUUCUCUAUCGAAAAUUUGUUUUUCUUUUUUUAACCUUUUUUUUUUAACCAGCCCAUUAUUUAAAUAUGUAUUUGAAUAAGUCUCUUUGAAUGGGUUAUAGAAAUGAGUUUGGUUUUGUCUUUUUUUUUUAAGUGUGUUCAAGUUAUGUUUAAGCUUCCACAAAUAAAGUGCAUACUUAAAUUAAUUUUAAAUAUGUCAAGACUAUUCCCUCUAUAAAAGAAUAUUGAGAUAUGGGCUGUCCCAGAUUUUCUCAUUUGUGCUAAUCAUGAAGUAUAUUUCACUAGUUUAGCUCUGUUUCUUUACUUUUAAAAUAAUAAUGGAAAAAUAUGAGGAAAUUGUAGCUAUCUAAAAUAGAUCAUUUUUGCUGAAAAUUGCUCUUAGCAAAACUAAGGUGGUAACUUUUAUUAUGGGUAUACAGAUAAUAAGUUAUAUAAGUAAAUAUUAACUUUUGUUAUAGUUUUAAUUAUUUGUAAUUUUUUAGUUUUUAACUGUUUUAAAACAGGUUCCCAGGAAAAUUUUGGAUUUCUGAAUUAUGCUUCACUUAGUUGAACAACAUUCAUGUUUAAAUGUAGCAACACAACCAAAAAUGCAUUUUGUAUUUUACUGCAUAUAAAAUUUCUGUCAAAUCAAGAAUGUGUAAUAUCUUGACCAUGUGUUCUUAUUUUUUUUUCAGGCAGGGCUUUAUUGGGGUCCCUGCAGCAGCAGGGGGCAGUGAGAACCAACAACAGGUUCCCUUGCUUGCUCUCUCCCAUGUGUUCUUAUAGAAACAGUUUUUGAGGAAUCAUAGAUUGGAAUUUGUAAGAACAAAUUCUGAAGGAGAUGUGAUUGAAGGAGGAUUUGUACUGAUAGCUGAGCAGAGGUUAUGAGAUAACUCACUGAAGAAGGGACUGUUUUAUACUUCAUAGUACUGUUAUUUAAAAGGAAAACAGGAUUUUAAAAAUCCCUUCAAAUAUUUCACUUUUUGCUGCUCUGAGAAAUUAAGGUUCUUGGUUAACUAAGUAACACUAACUAAAUUCUGUUUUCUAUGCAUUGGUGCUGUUAAUGACAGAAAAAAACCUUCUGGUUAACAGGAAUUCAGAAGCUCUGGAAAGUCAUUUUUAUCUUUUUCAAGAGCUUAAGAAUUUAGAUAACUAGAGCAAUAGAAUUCAAGAGAUCAUAGAGAAAGAAAAUUAUUUUUGCUGUAUUAAA